AUGAAGCUCUCCAUCGUUCUCGUGGCUCUGGCAGCCGUCUCCUCCGCCCAGCCCAUCGUCGGGGUCUACGACAAGCGAGACUCUGCCGAGACAGUCCAAUACAUUCAUUUUGCCGACGACGCCCACGUUGAGACCCGCGACCUCACCAAACGAAGCGUCUUUUCCGACUGGUGGGACAGCCUCUGGAAACCUGCCUCCAACAGCGACAGCAACUCGUCAUCUUCGUCGUCGUCGUCGUCAUCGUCAUCGUCAUCGUCGUCGUCGUCUUCUACCGACGAUACCCUGAACAGUAUCUUCUCCUCCUUCUCUUCCUGGCUCAACAGCCUGUUUGACGACGCUGGCGGAUCCGGCUCUGGAUCGUCGGGCUCUGGAUCUUCCGGCUCUGGAUCUUCCGGCUCUGGAUCGUCUUCUGCCCCCUCCGCCUCUCCCUCGGUCGCUCCUCCUGUUUCGCCUUCUCCUGCUCCCAAGAAACCCGCUCCAACCCCUGGCCCCCCCACUCCCUCUCAGGGCGCGUCAUCUCUGGACCUCAACUCCUGGGACCAGAUCAUGCUGGUAUCGCAGAACGGCUACCGGGCUGAGCACGGAGUGGGAGCGUUCACAUGGAACUCCACUCUGGCCAAGUACGCCUCCGACUACCUCAAAAAGGCCCAGUGCAACUUUGAGCACUCCCAUGGCCCUUACGGCGAGAACCUGGCCAUUGGCUACCCUACUCCCCAGGCAGCUGUCGACGCCUGGUACAACGAGUACAAGGACUACAACUACGCCCAGGGCGACUUCUCCGAGGCCACCGGACACUUCACCCAGUUGGUCUGGAAGGGCUCCACCCAGGUGGGAUGUGCCCAGAGCUCGUGCGGAGGACGGGGCUCUUAUGUUGUUUGCGAGUACUACCCUCGAGGUAACGUCAUUGGAUGGUUCCAACAGAACGUUUUCAACUAG